GGGCGGGCGAAGGGGCUCAGUCGGCGCCGCCAUGUUGGGGCUCGCGGGUCGCUGUGCUGCGGCCGCCGCCGCCGCCGCCCGGCCGGUGCUGAGCCGCGGGGCCGGGCCGGCCAACGGCCUCCUGCCGCUGCUCCUCAGCCGCGGGGCCGGCCCGGCCGCCGCCACCGGCAGCCGCCGCCGCUAUGCCGCCCAGCCGGCCCCCGCCGCCAAGGCCGGCGCCAGCACCGGGCGCAUCGUGGCCGUCAUCGGCGCCGUGGUGGACGUGCAGUUCGACGAGGGGCUGCCGCCCAUCCUCAACGCCCUGGAGGUGCAGGGCAGGGAGACCCGGCUGGUGCUGGAGGUGGCGCAGCACCUGGGAGAGAACACCGUGCGCACGAUUGCCAUGGACGGGACAGAAGGGCUGGUGAGGGGACAGAAGGUGCUGGACUCCGGCGCGCCCAUCCGCAUCCCCGUGGGCCCCGAGACCUUGGGCAGGAUCAUGAAUGUCAUCGGGGAGCCCAUCGACGAGAGGGGUCCCAUCACAACGAAACAGUUUGCUGCUAUCCACGCCGAAGCCCCCGAGUUCGUGGAGAUGAGCGUUGAGCAGGAGAUCCUGGUGACGGGGAUCAAGGUGGUGGACCUGCUGGCCCCCUACGCCAAGGGCGGCAAGAUCGGUUUAUUCGGAGGCGCCGGCGUCGGCAAGACGGUGCUGAUCAUGGAGCUGAUCAACAACGUGGCCAAAGCUCACGGCGGUUACUCGGUGUUCGCUGGGGUUGGGGAGCGAACCCGGGAGGGCAACGACUUGUACCACGAGAUGAUCGAGUCCGGGGUCAUCAACCUGAAAGACGCCACUUCCAAGGUCGCCCUGGUCUACGGGCAGAUGAACGAGCCCCCGGGUGCCCGCGCCAGAGUGGCUCUGACGGGAUUGACAGUGGCCGAAUACUUCAGGGACCAGGAGGGUCAGGACGUGCUGCUCUUCAUCGACAACAUCUUCCGCUUCACCCAGGCUGGCUCAGAGGUGUCAGCCCUGCUGGGGAGAAUCCCCUCCGCCGUGGGCUACCAGCCCACGCUGGCCACCGACAUGGGCACCAUGCAGGAGCGGAUCACCACCACGCGCAAGGGCUCCAUCACGUCGGUGCAGGUAGCGCUGGAGCCGCGCGCGCCGGGCGGGGGUCACCGCAGCGCCCGCCUCCGUCCCACC